AUGAGUCAUGAUGAGGAUCAAGUGAUGGAUAUUAUCCAUAAUGGCUUCAAGGAGCUAUACCAAACCCAACACCUGGCCUGUGUCUCCACUGAAGAUAUUGACAUUAAUUGGGCUGCUGCCCUCUCUGAAGAGGAGUCCUCUAGUCUCAAGAACAGUGAGGCAAUUGAUGAAGUGCUAACUGCCUUUUGUCGAUUAUCUGGGCAAAGAGUUAGCAAGGAAAAAUCUAGAGUUCUAUUCUCAAAAAACACUUCGGAGGAGACUAGAAGUGAUAUAUGUGGCUCUCUUGGAAUCUUAGAAACACGAAAAUUUGACAAAUACCUGGGUUUUCUGCUAAAAUUCUCUGACUGCGACUCUAGAGAUUUUAAUUACAUCAUUCACAAGGGGGCUUUGCUUCCAAGUAGAGUUUGCAAGGAAAUUGAUUGUGCCAACAGGAACUUCUUAUGGGGCUCAACUCCUGAAGAAAGGAAGAUGCACCUAGUGAAUUGGGACACUGUUACUCGACCAAAAGAUCAUGGUGGGUUGGGUAUUCACAAAUCAAGGAGGCGGUAUCUUGCGCUCAUUGCAAAGCCUAAUUGGAGAUUGCUAACAGAGAACUCCUGCCCUUGA